UGACACACGCAAGCACACAAACACAUACACACACGCCCUCCACCCCCAUCACUGCAGUCUCUCAGCUGCCUCGGAGCAAACAAGAAAGGAUAUAGAGCACAGACAGUAAUAAGGGAGAAAAGAGGUGUGUGUGCGUGCAUGUGUGUGUUGAAGGAGUGAGAGAGAGAGCACUAUGUGCACGUGAGCGUGUGGAAUAUGAGAGGUACAUAGGAGGAAGGAUAGAAGAGCUUGUCGGAGGUAUAGAGGAGCUAGGAGAGAGGAUAAAAGGGCUAGGAGAGAGGAUCGAAGGGCUUGGAGAGAGGAGAGAACAGCUCGGAGGAGGAUAGAACAGCAGUGGUACGGCUGGAUUGUUUUUUUCCUCCUGCAGUCUCUGCUGAAGCUGGACGGUGAACAAGGACACCCCCCUCACACAGAGCCCUCCUCACCAGCAGCAGAAGAGGAAGAGGAAGAGGAGGUCUGAUGGGCAGCCGGUUGUAGCGGAGGCCAGACCCAGGACGCGGCCGCCCCAGAGUCAUGUGGAACAGGAGCCAGAGGGUUUUGCUAUCCGCACGUUUCAGGCCCAAACACCGUGUUCAACCGCACGCGCUGUAGCUCCGCCUCCCCCCGGGCUCCCUCCUCCUCCUCCUCCUCCUCCUCCGCCACCACCAACACAACCGCCGCGGCCUCUCCUCCUGCGCCUCCUCCUCCUCCCUCCGUCCUCCUCCUCGGCCAUCUGCUAUGAGCCCCAGCUCUCUCGGCCCCAGCAGGCGGUCCAACUCCAGCGCCAGACUGAGUGGCAGCGUCCCAGCAGCCCUGGUCCCGUCCGCCAGGGACGCACACACCUGCCCCCCCCGCUCGGGCCAGACGCCGAGCCAACGCCGCUGAGCCCCUCUUCUCCUUCCCCCUCUUCUUCUUCUUCUUCUUCUUCUUCUUCUUCUUCUUCUUCUUCUUCUUCUUCUUCUUCUUCGUCUUCUUCUUCUUCUUCUUUGGUUCCUUCUCUUAUUCUCCUCUCACCACGAGACCCCAGACCCCAGACUCAAAACGCUGAGCCUGAAGGGGGAACACUUUCCAAACUAAAUAAAACUCAGUCCAGCAAAGUCUUCGCUGAACCUGCUUCCGGAUCUCGACUCUGCCCCUCCUAGGCCUCCCUCCCCCGCCCGACUCCCACCAACACCACCACCACCACCACCUCCCCCCCCUCCCCCUCUACUCCCCCCCUCUCCGCCCCCUCCCUCCCCCACCCAUCCUCCUGAACCCGUCCUCCAUAGUAGCGGGCCCUCGUCACCCCGGCAGCACGUUGUCCUUGGCGAUCACCACGUGGCGGAGGACCAUGGGAUGCCGACAGAGCUCCGAGGAGAAGGAGGCGGCGCGGCGCUCGCGGCGCAUCGACCGCCACCUCCGCUCCGAGAGCCAGCGGCAGCGGCGGGAGAUCAAGCUGCUGCUGCUGGGCACCAGCAACUCGGGCAAGAGCACCAUCGUCAAGCAGAUGAAGAUCAUCCACAGCGGUGGCUUCAACCUGGAGGCCUGCAAGGAGUACAAGCCGCUCAUCCUGUACAACGCCAUCGACUCGCUGACGCGCAUCAUCCGCGCCCUGGCCACGCUCAAGAUUGACUUCCAGGACGCCGACCGCGCCUACGACGCCGUGCAGCUCUUCGCCCUGACGGGGCCGGCCGAGAGCAAGGGGGAGAUCACGGGCGAGCUGCAGGGCGUGAUGAAGCGGCUGUGGGCAGACGCCGGCGUCCAGGAGUGCUUCCAGCGCUCCAACGAGUACCACCUGGAGGACAACACGGCCUACUACCUGAACGACAUGGAGCGCAUCUCGGCCAACGAGUUCAUCCCCACGGUGGAGGACAUCCUGCGCUCCCGCGACAUGACCACGGGCAUCGUGGAGAACAAGUUCACCUUCAAGGAGCUCACCUUCAAGAUGGUGGACGUGGGCGGCCAGCGCUCCGAGCGCAAGAAGUGGAUCCACUGCUUCGAGGGCGUGACCGCCAUCAUCUUCUGCGUGGAGCUGAGCGGCUACGACCUCAAGCUCUACGAGGAUAACCAGACGAGCCGCAUGGCGGAGAGCUUGCGGCUGUUCGACUCCAUCUGCAACAACAACUGGUUCACCAACACCUCGCUCAUCCUCUUCCUCAACAAGAAGGACCUGCUGGCGGAGAAGAUCAAGCGCAUCCCGCUGACGGUGUGCUUCGCCGACUACAAGGGCCAGAACACCUACGAGGAGGCGGCCGUCUACGUGCAGCGGCAGUUCGAGGACCUCAACCGCAACAAGGAGACCAAGGAGAUCUACUCCCACUUCACCUGCGCCACCGACACCAGCAACAUCCAGUUCGUGUUCGACGCCGUCACGGACGUCAUCAUCCAGAACAAUCUCAAGUACAUCGGGCUGUGCUAGGAGGAUCUCACCCCACACACCCCGGCUGCACGGGUGGCGGAUGGAGGAGGGGUUGGGGGGGGGUUAGCCGGUCUGCUGCGGGGGGUGCUGGUGGAGGAGGGACGGCCGUGAGGGAGGAGGAGGAGGAGCAGGAGGAGGUGGAGCAGGAGGUGUCGGGAGGGGUCUGCUGGGGAAAGACUCCUACGCUGCAGAUUCCAAACAGUGUCGCGGGAGGAAGGACUAAAGGAGUCGAUGGUCACGAGUCACGACGGGAUUUUUAACCAAUGUGUUUGCACUGAAUAUUAAGAGUAUGUAGAGACACCCAAACACAACCUUGUUUUUAUUUUGUUUUUUUUACCCCCACAUGUGCACGCACGCACGCACGCACGCAGACACACACACACUCUGACAACCAGUAUACUCACAGGAAGACACUAAUAAUCUCUCACAAAGACACAUACACACACGCCCAGUAGUGCACAAACAGACAGGCACACAAACACACACACACACACACACGAAUGCUCAGACAAACACACAUACAAACCCCACA